AUGAACCGCAUCGAGGAAUGGGUGCUGCAGAACAAAAUCAUGAUUGAAAAGGGGGUGGAAAUAAUAGAGCAGGGGUGCGAGGCACUGUCUGCCACUGUGGGGAAGCUUCAUCCCAUCCUAGAAGCCGUGUUUGUGGCCUCAGCCGAGAUCCUCCACAACCCGGAGAGAAAAGAGACCCAGUACCUGUCACAGCAGCUCCAGAGCCUCACCCAGAAGCUGGUGGACAUCCAGGAGGAGGUGGGCAGCAUCACCCAAGAGAUUCAGCGCAUCUCCAUGAACAAGCAGAACUUCGAUUACGAGGCACAGGUGAUUAGCCAGUACGAGAAGUUCUGUGACUUCCUCGAUGCCAAGCCCGAGUUCAGAGAGAGGAAGAUGGAGAGGUUCCUGUGCCAUUUUGAGAGCACAGGCGGUGACCUGAACAUGGACGCCCUGUAUAACGCUGUCACCAGCACCACCCGGGAGCCCAUGCUGGACACAGUGAUGGCUACUGAGCAGAGGAGCCGGAGAGCCGUGGAGAAGUUCUGUGCCCAGCUGAAGAGGCUCUUUGUGGUGGGCAUCAUCGCUGUCAUGGGCUAUGCCUCUCUGAAGAUGGGGGCAGUGGGGCGGGAGAUGGUGGAGAAGUGGCAGAAGAGGAUGGAAGAUAUAGAGGGGUGCAUGAAAGCUGCUGUGGAUGACUGCGUCCAGAACUUUGCCACCCAGGCCGAGAUGGACAUUGAGCGUCAGGUUCUAGAGAAGCAGGGCAGCAUCGACGUUCAGUUCGCCGAGCCGCUGCUGGAUUUCCUGUCUAAGAAGUAUGACUGGGUUUCCUGGUCUGUCAGGGUCUUCAACCACAACGGGAUGUUUCUGUGGAACUGGCUGGCUGGGAAGGACUACUAUGGCAGGGGCGGCAGCAACAAUUUCUUCGACAUCCUGACCAAAAGCAAUGUCAGGGUGGUGAUCUCCUUCAGUGUGGAGCCAAAGCCCAUCAACAAGAGUCAGAUUCAGGAGCAAAUCCAGAGACAACAGCUUAAAGGGAAGAUGACAGAUGUGGCCCAGUCACUCAGCACCAGCAUACCGAACUGUGCCGUGUACACAAUCAGCCGCUACAAGGAGGUGGCGGAGUCCAACAACUUUCAGGAGAACUGCUACUACUAUGAGAAAUACAAGAGAGCAUACCUGUGCAUUCACUCUAAAUAG